AAUAUUUCAUCAGACGAUACAGCUGUUGCAACUGUUCAAACUGUGUAUCAAAAUCCACAACAUCCACUCGCCCGAUCAAAUUUACAACGACGUAAACAAACACUUCUCAAAUAUUUACCCGUCAAGUUACGAGGGCCCAAAGGGGAAAUUAACAUUAUCGCUUUUAUUGACGAAGGCGCAAAGAUAUCGCUGUUGGAGGAAAAGGUAGCAGACGUUGUCGGCCUCAAAGGCAAAUCCGAUUUACUUCGGCUGAAGUGGAUCGGCAAUCAAAGCAUGAGCGAACAGUCGCGGCAAGUGUCGUUUGAAAUUGCCGGCGCAAGUGAAACAGCAACGAGUUACCAAAUGAGGGGAGUGCGUACAACAAAAAGGUUGUAUUUGCCGCAGCAAACGUUAAACUUGAACGAUUUCAUACAACGCCACGAACAAUUGCGAAGUAUACCAAUCGAUGAUUAUAAUAACGCUGCGCCGCAAAUUCUUAUUGGACUGUCCCAUACAGAUGUAAUAAGAACUAUUGAAACUGUCAACUUGGAUGAUGGUUUUGCAGUCCACAAGACAAUGUUAGGUUGGACAUUAUUUGGAUCGAACGAAUAUCGUUCUAGUGAUGGCACUAUUGGCCACGUCGGUAUUGAAAGCACACAACUUAAUGAGAUUAGCCAACAGAUUACAGAUUAUUUUGCAGCGGAAAAGUUUGAAAUAAAGCAAUUGCCAAGUGUUCGUUCAGAAGCUGAUAUUAGGGCUGAACAGUUAUUACAGCAAACGACAAAGUUUAUAAAUGGUAGAUACGAAACGGGUUUGCUCUGGCAUAAAGACAAUGUAAAAUUUCCCGAAAGUUUCAGUAUGGCUAUGAAACGUUUAGAGCAAAUUGAAACUAGAAUGGCACGAGAGGAAGACUAUGGGGAAUGGUACAAAGCAAAAAUUAGCGAGUACAUUGAAAAGGGAUAUGCAAGGCGGCUUUCCCCUGAUGAAGUUAAUAUUAAUGCUGAUCAUUCAUGGUAUUUACCACAUUUCGCGACAUGUAACGUAAACAAAGGAAACAAACGCAGACUUGUUUUCGACGCCGCAGCAAAAAUUAAUAAUAUGUCGUUGAAUUGUGCUCUUAUGAAAGGGCCAGAGGAGUAUCAACCAAAAUCGCUGUUAGCAAUAUUGUGCAAGUUUAGACAAGGCAAGGUCGCAGUAUCCGGGGAUAUCCGUGAGAUGUUUCACCGGAUCAUGAUCAGGCAAGAAGAUCAAAGCGCUCAGCGAUUUCUUUGGAGGGGGGGCGAUCGAUCAAAAGCCCCUGAUAUUUACGUUAUGUGUGCCAUGAUAUUUGGAUCGAUUAGCUCACCAUGUUCUGCGCAAUUUGUAAAAAAUUUACAUGCAGAAAAAUAUCGUAAUUCGAAUGCAAGAGCUGUCGAUGCCAUUGUUGACCGGCACUAUGUCGACGAUUAUAUGGACAGUUUCGACACUGUCGAAGAAUGUACUAAGGUAACCAAAGAUGUCAUCGAUAUUCAUAGCCGCGCUGGAUUCGAGUUAAGGGGAUUGGCGUCAAACUCAAAUGUCGUCCUGCAAAGUAUAAUACACAAUGCGCAACCGUGUGUGCAACAAAACCAUUGCAUAUGCCGAGGGGAGAGUGCUACCGAAAAGGUGCUUGGUAUGCACUGGAACCCAAACGAGGACCACCUUUUCUUCAAGUUGCUCUUUUCAAAAGUGCCAAAAGCAGUUUUAGACUGUAGUAGGCGCCCAACGAAAGGUGAAAUGCUGAGCGUUACUAUGUCCAUAUUUGAUCCGUUUGGUUUUGCUUGCGGAGUGGUGCUGCGAGCAAAAGUGUUGAUGCAGAGUCUGUGGCACAGGAGCAUAGAUUGGCAUGAGCCAAUCCCUGAAGACAUCUAUAAGAAAUGGCUGCAGUGGUAUAAAAUGUUAAACAACAUCGAAAAUUUUAAAAUGCCAAGAUGCUAUGGAAUACAAUUUUUGAAUCCGAAUGCCGACAUACAACUACAUGUAUUUGUUGAUGCGAGUGAGAUCGCAUUUGCUGCCGUUGCCUUUUGGCGAAUUCACUACGCAAAUGAUACAGACGUCGUAUUCGCUGUAGGUCGAUCCCGGUGCAGCCCGCUGAAGCCAUUGUCCAUUCCAAGACUGGAGCUACAAUCAGCCGUCUUGGGCAUACGAUUGAAGGAAGCUGUCAUCAACAAUCAUGACGUGCAGCCACAUAAGGUAACAUUCUGGUCAGACUCGAAGAUAGUUCUUCAGUGGAUAAGGUCCGACGCCAGGUGCUACAAGCAGUUCGUAGCGCACCGUAUAGCUGAAAUCCUGCAAUCAUCCGAAGCCAGUGAGUGGAGGUGGGUGCCAGGUAAGGACAACCCAGCCGACGAUGCAACGCGUAUAAAACCCUUUUUUCAAAAUUGUAAGUGGUUAAAUGGUCCACCCUUUUUGAAAUUGCAUGAAAGCAAUUGGCCAGCUAUGCCAAACGAUUAUAAUCAUAACGAAUGCCAAGAAGAGAGACGCUCCAAGCAAAUAUAUUCAGUAGCAUUUGCAGAUAUGCUUAUUCCAUUUAACAAGUAUUCGAAUUAUUAUAAGUUUUUAAGGGUAAUGACAUGGGUACGAUAUGCCAUGAUGAAAUUUCGUAAGGUCCCCGUUGGCGACAAUGCGAAUACAUCGAAACUAAUUACCGCGAAUGGAAUUAAGCAAACUGAAUUGCUGAUAUGCCUGUUGGUGCAACAAGAAGUUUUUUUCGACGAAAUUGAGUCUUUGCGCAAAGGUUCGCCAAUUAAGAAAUCCAGCAGUCUCUUCAAGCUGAGCCCAAUGUUGGACAAUGAGGGCAUUCUGAGAUUGGGGGGCCGGAUAGACUACGCCGAAUGCAUCCCUAUGUCGACGAAGCGGCCACUUAUAUUGCCAAGGGGUCAUCCAAUAUCGCGACUCAUAGCCAAGCACUAUCACGAACUUUUCCAUCACCAAAAUUUUGAAGCAGCAAUGUGCGCCAUACGUCGGAAGUUUUGGAUCCCGAGUGCGCGCCGAUUAUUGAGGUCAAUUAAAGCCGAAUGCCAAAUAUGCAAAAAUUUAUCCGCUGUUCCCGAAACGCCACUUAUGGGCCAAAUACCCUGCGACCGAAUCACGCCGUUCGUGCGCCCGUUCACAUAUUCGGGUGUUGACUACUUCGGGCCUGUGCUAGUAGCCAUAGGCCGUCGUCAAGAAAAACGUUGGGUUGCACUUUUCACGUGCCUAACUAUUAGGGCCAUUCAUUUGGAAGUAGCUAGGGACUUGUCAACAGAUGCUGCCAUUAUUGUCUGCCGCAACUUCAUAAACCGGAGAGGAGUACCGGUGCGGCUCAGAAGCGAUAUGGGAACUAAUUUCGUCGGCACAAGCAAAGAAGAUUGGGUAAGCGUUCAAAGUGGUAUGCAAUCGGAGUGUGAUCGUCGAGGUGUAGAUUGGGUCUUCAAUGCGCCUGCCAACCCAUCUGCUGGUGGCGUAUGGGAAAGAAUGGUCAGAAGCGUAAAACGAGUUUUGAUGUUCACACUUAAGGAGCGAGCGCCACAGUUGGAGACGUUACACAGUCUCCUGAUUGAAGCAGAAAAUUUGAUAAAUUCGCGCCCAUUAACACACGUUCCGAUAGAAAGUACAGACGCCGAACCUCUGACGCCCAAUCACCUUUUGUUAGGCUGCGCGAAUGAAGUUCAAACUCCGGCGGUGUCAGAGAAAAUAUGUUUACGAAAGCAGUGGCAUAUAGUGCAGCAACUGAAACAGACCUUUUGGAAGAGGUGGAUACUCGAGUAUCUCCCCACCCUAACCCGGCGUACGAAAUGGUUUAGGAGGGUGAAGCCUAUAGUUGUAGGCGACGUCGUUAUAGUGUGCGACGACAACGAGAGCCGAGGUCAUUGGAAGCGGGGUAUCGUAACAGAAGCAAAACCAGCCGCAGAUGGUCAGGUCAGAUCUGUUUUAGUCAAAACGUCAACAGGUAUUCUGCGGAGACCAGCGUCCAAAAUUGCGGUACUUGACGUUCGUAGUGAUUCUCUCACCAGUGAUGCGAAUCACGGGCGGGAGGAUGUUACUGAUUAAAGCAUUAUACUUUUAUACAAAACUGUA